AUGGAGGCCCUCUUCUCGCUGCCAAUACUCUCGGUCUUCCUCAUUCCAGUGCUGUCAUCCUACAGUACCAGCCUCAACCUCCUCUUCUUCUACAUGACAUGGACCACGCUGGUCAUGUCGCAUUCCAGACUCCGCGUGGAAAUAUUCAGCACAAUUGCCAUACGCUUGCUUUUCUAUGCAGUGCCAUCCAUUGUCUUCUUCCUCUUCGAUAUUAUGGCCCCGUCGGCUGCGGUUAUGGUCAAGGCGCAAGGUUCGGCCGGUUUGCCAGGUGGGAGAAGACAACGUAGGAUCCGCGCGAAAGAACUCAAGGUUGCCGGGUGGGCGCUGUUCAACCUAUGCCUGGGUAUCGCUGCACAGGGUUUGCUCGAGACAGGACUUGUCUCGGUUUUGGGCAAGCGCAGUGUGCUGAAGGUAUCGCUGCAGCUGCCUAUGCCAUUUGAGGUCUGCAAGGGGUUGACACAAGCGUUGCUGGGACGAGAGGUCCUCGCCUACGUGAUUCACCGCUAUGCUCUCCACUCGAAGAGGAAUCCCCUCGCCACAUGGCACAAAAAUUGGUAUCAUUCGCUGGCGGCGCCAUAUCCGCUGUCCGCGCAUUACGACCACCCUCUUGUCUAUCUAGUCUUGAAGUUCAUCCCAACCUAUGCGCCCGCUAUAAUCUUCCGCUUCCACAUGCUUACCUAUCUCUUGUACCUUCUGCUCAUCUCUAUUGAGGAGACUUUCGCAUACUCUGGAUAUACCGUUAUGCCGACGAAUUUCUUCCUAGGAGGGAUUGCCCGUCGCGUGGAUAUGCAUUCGCUGAUGCGUCCGCGGGGUAACUUUGGCCCAUGGGGCAUUAUGGAUUGGUUGUUUGGUACCACUGUUGGAGACCAGAGUGUCGAGGACGAGAGGAAUGAUGACGCUGAUCGCCUGGUACGGCAGGCAUAUGAUAAGGCGAGGCCUACUAAGAUCGCCGGCCAGGGUAACCCGAACAAAGCACCUAGGCGACGAUGA